AUGAACUCUUUAUACGCGGCAUACAGCCCUUCGUCGGCCUGGAGUUUCCGUAUCAGGUUCUGGAAACGGCGUAUUGCCAACUGCCUAGAAGCCAACUGCCUAGGUUUAUCAAACUGCUCGACUAACGUGGCCCAAGCGAGAUCGUAUGUUCCAUUGGACACCGAGAUGGAACUAAUAGCAAUUAACGCGUCACCACGGAGGCAACCCGAGCAAAUAAUAGAAGCGGUCGCUGUCCGUUAA